UUCAGAGCAAAUCAUUUUAAUAACACAAAACCCAAAUACUGCAUAUUCAGCCUAACAACUUACAGUGGUUAUAAUAAUAAUGAAAACUUUAUUUUCAAAGCACUUUUAUAAACAGAAGUUUACAAAGUGCUUUUAAAACAGUCGUAAAGCACAGAACAUCAGCACAUGGAAAUAAUAACUAAUUAAAAACAAAAGCCCCCUUAAAACAAGGCCUCUGAAUUGAAGGCCAAUUUAAUUUUUCAUAAGAAACCCGGACAAUACAAGAACUCUACAACAUAAAAUGAGACCAUGAGGACCAAAACAAAAACAUCAAAUAGGUAAGAAAAAGAAAUGUAAAAAAAAAAAAAGGGGGGGGGGGGGGGCAGUAAACAGGAUAGUAAAUAUAAAAAGACAAUCUAAAUAAUAAAAUCAUAAUGGCGGUAAUAGUAAUGAUAAAAUGGAAUAACAAAAAUGAGCAGGAAAAUACAAUAAAAGGUUAUAUCAGAAAACAUAAGUAAAACAAAGGCUAAAAGGACAGAAUUUAUGAUGCCAAAAGUGAUGAGGCAUACAUUAUGUGGUAUACAUUUGUGCAAAGAAACACUGAGUAUUUAGAGGAUAAAUCUGUCUAAAGGUGAUAGGAGCCCCUCAUCAUACCUGAAAGUUUAAACAUAUUAGUUAAACUCAUUAAUGUGUGAUUUCCAUGUUUUAGUUCACAUGUGGGUCAUUCAGUAUUUGGGGUCUUCAAGGACCCUUUAGUUUAUUUUUUUAUGUAUUAAAUAUUAAGUAAGAUACAGACUUAAACUUUGUUUUUUAAAACCUAAAUAAAACACAUUCAGCCUAAUAACUUACAGUGAUGAAAUUUGGAAAUAUUCAAAGUUUCAAACAAAUAUUUUUGAUUCUAAAAGUGAUGAGACACACGUUAAGUUUCUCUAUGUUUUAAUGUUUUUCUUUUUGUAUCUAUACUAUGCUGCUGUCAAUUUGGGAUUUUCCCUCGUGGGACAAUGAAAGGGACAUCUUAUCUUUUAUGUAAUGAACAUUUGUACAAAGAAACACAGAGUAUUUAGAGGAUAAAUCUGUUUUAAGAGCCCAUCAGAACACCUAAAAGUUUAGGUAUAUAUUAGUUAAUCUCAUGACUAUAUGAUUUCGAUGUUUUAGUUCACAUGUGGGUCAUUCAGUGUUAAAUCCAAUCACUGCUUUUCGCGCCAAUCCCGACUAUCGGGGCGGAAGUUUUACAAGUCACCUGACCCGGCGGAGCCCACAAUUUUCGCGCCACUACAACGGCCCGCCCAUUCUAGCUACGAGACGUGAUCUGAUUGGCUGAUCCGGACGUCAGACUCGCGCCACUUCUUUUGGAGCACGACUGGAAAGAGACCCGCAAGCUUCAACUGAAUGAAUCCACGUCCACGGUGCUUUUUUUAAACUGACUAAACCGUGAAUUUUACGCGCACCUUUUGGUUCGGUGGUACUUUGAAGUGUUUUGGGAUCAAGUUUUCUUCGUUUGAGGGUCGAAAUCUGCAGCCAUGGCUCGUAAGGAUUACGCGGCUGAGAAAGGUAGGGGGAAACUUUCAUAACAACAGCAUGGCAGAGACAGGUUACUCACAUUUGUACAGUUUUAGCUCAUACUUCCUCUGAAAUAUGACUACUUUCUAUAUGAUCGGGGUGAUUAAAGUUGUAAGCAAUCAAACCUCACUUUAAUUCAAUGUCUUUUGAAUAUCAGAGUUGUAACUCAUUCACACACCCAACAGUGUGACCUCCUAGUUUGCGUUAACUCACUCACUUUAACGUGUUAUGGGUGUUUGUGUGCAUAUCUUUGUUCAGUAAAACAUGUCUGGGUGUUAGAGAUGUAAAAACUUUAGUGUAGUUUGUCAAACUUUGUAGUGAGCAGAUAGAUCCUGUCUGUCUGUGAGUGUAUGACUGCUCGGUGACCCGGAUGGAUCCGCUUAAACAAAGGAGCAGGCGCCACUCUGAAGCACAUGUCCAACAAUAACCUGCAACAAAAGUGAAGAAAAAAGUGGAUAACUGAGCUCCAACAAGGUUAAAAAGUUAGAAACAUGUGUUUAAUGUGAACAGCACUUACAUUAGUGAUUACUGAUUUAAUAAUGCAGUAAAAGUCACCUUUAAAACUUCGUUUACUCAAACUUUACCAACCUACAACAGGCUGCAUUUACAGAUCAAUAUCUUUAUAUGGUAUAUUCUGUAUGUUGCAAAAAAGUGCUUAAACAUGAUCACGUAUCUUAGCCUGUUGCUUAGAUUGUUAUCAGAUCUUUCUCACGUUUACACUGAUCUUUAUUUAUUUUACAGGGACUAUUUUUAAGCAUCUUUCUUUAAUGAGAGUGUGUGACUGAUCUCAGUGUUUGAAGGGAACAAUAAAAAAAUAAAAUGAGUCUUAACCCUUUAAUGUCUUUGUAUCAUAUUUGAUACACACUUCUAUCAAAUCAAUAUGAUCAACAAAUUACUCAAAAAAAACCCACCUGAAUACAGUCUGAUACAAAUUUUCUUUUAGUUUAUUAGUUUCCAAAAACAUCUAAUAUAUCAAAUGAGAAAUAAAUGUGUGUGUUAAAUUUUAGGACAUUUUUAUUUAUUUAUUUGGUUUUGUUUUCAGUUUAAGUGAAAAACAUUUCAGCUCUUAAAAAAUUGAAUUUUCUGGCCAUAAUUUGGGGUUUCAGGCAUUAAAGGGCUACAGAGAUCAUGUAUUACCAACACUUCAACUAGAGGAAGAUGGAUCAUUGAUCUGGCUGCUUAUUAGGCCAAUAUUUAUCAUUGGUACAGUUAUAUUUAUUGGGGUUUUACUCCAUUUAUUUUCUUUGUCCCCAUCUAUCUUUAUGUAUUCUCUUUAUUUUUAUCUAUUUAUCUUUAAUUUUCCUCAUUUUAUCUAUUAUUAAUUAUCUCCUCAUCUGCCUGUGACAAAAAGCAAUUUCACCUGGGGAUUAUGAUAAUAUUUCUGAUAACUGUUGAUAAAAUAAAUAAAAAGGGAGUUACUUUGGUUAAGUUGCAUAUGUGUCUAUCCAGGUCUGUUUUUACUCACCAUUAUAUCUUGCCUAAUGCCCUACAAACUAUUCUGUCCUCUUUUGCUGAGGUGAAAAUCUUUACACUUGCAUUUCAGGUUUAAAGUUGAUUUAAAAAAGUUUCUUAAGGGAUAAACACUCCAUUAAUUCGAAUUAUUCAGGGAUGAAGCUUUGUAAAGUAAAGAUUCACACUCUUAAUUUGGUGUAAAAUUUUUACACCAUUUUUUUUUUACACCAAUUUUUUGCUCAUAGGUAUCAACAAUUAGCGUUAUUGACCUGAAAAAAAAUCUAUGAACCCUGACUCAUAAUGGCUAUUUUCUAGGUCUAUAAGAGACUUUAAAGGUACCGCCCGACUGACAAAAACUUGCCGAUUUUUGCCAAUAUAUUUUCAGAAAUAAAAUGCCGAGAAGAAGUUUUGGUUUCACUUCGGAAACGUUCCGCCAUUUGAAAAAAAAUCCCCUGACUUAUCCAGUAGAUGGCGCAGUUGAAAAUGCUUUUCUGGUCAGAGUUUGAUCUGUCGGUAUUCCUGUCAGCGUGAAGAGCAGUACCCUACAGUAUAUCUACACUAUAUAUUUUUUAUAACUUAAUAAAAAAUUUGGCUUAACAAAAAUCAGUAAUCGGCAUUGGCCCCAAAAAAUCCAUAUCGAUCAGGCCCUAGUUAAAGGUUUACCCAUUUAAAAAAAAAAAAAACUGCUUAUCUUGCUUUGACUCUUUUAAUGUGACGUUUCUCUUUUUUUUAUUUUAACCAAUAACCUGUUUUUAUAUUCCUUUACUGUGAAAUUUGUUUGCUUUUAAGAUGUAGACCUUUGAGGUCGCUUGAUGUAAAGGACACUACACAUAAAAUAUAUUAUUUCUUAUUUACUUAAGCUCAAUUUGACCCUCAAAUCAAGGUAAUAUUUUUCCUUUAAUUCUACUAAAAGUAGACUUAAUUUUGCAAAAGUAUCAGUGUGAUUUCAGCUCUUUAAAGGCUUAUAAACUGGUCCAAAGUUUAGAUGAGUUGGUUAAAGUGACUGAUACAUUAAAACAGCAGCUGGUUGCCCUGCAUGUGGUCUCUAUGGCUUAUCUAUGAAAGACCUAACUGCACUACAGGUUGAAUAUAAGCUGUUUAGAAGCAAGAAACUGUUUGGAAACACUGGUUCACGUUUUGAAUAAAGUAGUAAAGCCAGUGUGUGUAAACAAGGACCUACCUCUGUCGCCUAACUAAGACAUUUACUGAAACUUUACUCUAACCCAGUGGUUCUCAACUGGUGGGUUCCGACCCAAAAGUAAAUAUUUAAUGCGACAUUUAAUAGAUGUUCAAAAUUUUCUGCACAUGGAACUUCAGUAGUUGUCGUCCUCAUGUUGUCCCCUUCGUGUGCUCUAAAAUGCACAACUCAGUAAAACAAGUGGAUUUCUGUUAAAGAUUGGAGUCUUUAAAGUUUUUUUUAAUUAAAAAGAUUAAUUUACUUGGUUUGAUUUCUAUAAAAGUGGGUCGCAACUUCAGGACCAUGGGAAAAUGUGGGUCCCAGAGUGAGACCAGUUGAGAAUCACUGCUCUAACCCGAGUCGUCAUCCAGUCUGUGAAUAUACUAAAGCAUUAAAUCUCUUAACCACCGGAAAUCAUCACCGUCAAAAACUACCAUUUUUGUGAGCAGAGGGGUCGUUUUAGUCGCCAAGCCAUUCGUCUUCUCCCCCCGCCAAGCUAACUUGAGCUAACGUAGGAAGAUGGCUGGCCGUGGGUUGAAAACAACAGCAAGGACUAUUUACAACAGCGGAAGCUUUUGCGGAGGGAUAUCGAAGUGACGAGGCACAAAGCCAUGUGCUGCUUUGUUUACAAUAACAUCCUCGAAGAGAGAAAUAACACACCAGAACUGCAGAUUUUUUUACCCCGCGACAAAGUAAGUUGGAUAUUUAACUUGUCGUGUUAGGAGUAGUUUUGUUUCUCGUAACGUGGAAAUUGAUAUAGUCAGUAGUUGUGGUUCUUUCGAGAAGUAAGGGGGGAUAUUUUCUCCAAAAGAUGGACACUGAACUGAGCGCGCCUGUUGUUGUAUUUACAUCUGACUCUGAAGCGAUCUGCUGCUGCUGCUUCUGCUGCUGCGUAGGGCCAGUUCACCGCUGUCCCUAAAACUGUGCUAGUGUGAACACAGGAGAGGAGGAAUUUGAUUCAUGUGGAGCAUCAGUGCCAGUUUGUGCUCCACGGCAAAGCUAUAGUGACUCAUCGAGAUUACAGGAUGCCAUGUUACUCAACAAAGGGGGGUCGUCGCAGGACAACAAAUUAGCUCUCAGUCUCAAGGCCCACUUGUAGUUGUGUUUAAAUCAACAUUUCCAACAGAUUAUUAACUUAAAACACAACGUUCACAUCGAAGAAAAUGAAGGUAAGUGGGUAAAGAGUGGUUUCUUUUCAUGUUUUUGUUUACAGCUGAGAGUAAACUCACCGCCUGCUGUCUGCUGGGUUUGGCCUGUGUGUUUCUGCUGUGAAAAAAAAACGCUAAAGGUAUUUUUUCUUGUGUUUGUUUUGUAGAGAAGUGCAAAAGAUUCCUCCAGGAGUUUUACUCAGAGGAUGACAAUGGGAAGAAGGUCUUCAAAUAUGGAGCUCAACUUGUAAGUAAAGUUAGCUGAUAGUAAAGCUUUCACAGCUGACUUAGAAAAACAUCCUGCCAUUAUCACACACAAGUGAAUAUGUCUGUAAGAAGUCUGUUGCAUGCACAUAUAUAUAAAAAAAAUAACUAUUUUUAUGGCACUUUUAAAAACAGAAGUUUGACAAACAGUCGUAAAGCUUUAGCACAUGGAAAUAAAAACAAAUAAAACACAAAAGCUCGGUUAAAAACAAGGACAUUUUCUUUUGUCAUAAGAAACCCAGACAAAACAAGAACCAUGCAGCAAGCUACCUUUUUUUAUAGACAUGUUCUGAUUUAAUUUGUAUCUGCCUCCCAGUAUUUUGUGGUAUUUGUUAGGAUGAGUUUCUUUAGCCAGUCAUGUCAGCCUUUAGAGUGGUGGAGCUGUGUCACUCAAAUACCCCAGACACUUUGGUGUUAGAUUGCUGGAGCCGGGGGCCUCCUACAACCAUCCCUGAGCAAGGAACCCUGUACACAUUAUUUACACCAUGUAGGUCCCCAAAAUAUGUUUGCCAUGAUAUUUCCUUCUUGGGACCUUCCACAUGUUCAUCUAAGGCUUUUGAAAUAUGUUGUCCUUUGUUUUUACCAUACAUGGAUUUCUCUUAGGGUCAACUAAACACCAACAGUAUGUUUAGGAUUGUGAACCGCUAUAUAUACUUGAAUGGUCUUGGACCACUCUUUGCUACACUCAUGUUGGCCACACUUGGGGGUGGGCUACUCUUUGCCACACAUGGGGGCUACACUCUUUGCUACACUUGGGGGUGGCUACACUUAGCACCACUGUUGGUCACACUUGUGGCCUGCUGAAGCUGUAACCCAGAUAUGUAAUCAGUAAAGCUUGUCAAAAUGAUCAUUCGUGUGGACCUUCGAUUCUUUCUAGUGUGAACCUGGGCUAGGCAUCCUUACAGUAUUGUUUGCCGUUACUCUCUAUUGUACGCCAAGAACUUUGAAUACAGCUAAAGCCAAAGAAAAGUUUAACAAAGCAGUUCAAUAAAUUUUCUUUAAGUGGAAAUCUAAUAUAACAGACUAUUGUUGAUCUUUUGAUGGUUUUGCUUCUUGCCAUCUUGGAGGUUAAAAAAAUGUUAAAAAUUUUAAGGUUGGAAGAGGAUUUCUUUGAUAUCGUUGAACGUUUUUGCAUAAAGUGAUUAAAUCGAGUGGCCCCUUAUUUUGGGGAAUGAGUUGUUUUUAAUUUUUGUAUAUAUUUUGCUGCACUUUGCUAAACUGUUUGCCAUGAAGUUGAAACUUUUACCUAAAAUAAGGAGUAAACAUACAAAUCUUUAAUCGUAAUCAAAUCUACCGACGUGGCAAUAAAAACAAAUAAAAAACAAAAGCUCAGUUAAAAACAAGGCCUCCGAAUUGAAGGCAGAUUUCUUUUGUCGUAAGAAACCCCAACAAUAUAAGAACCCUGCAACAUAAAGCUAUAGUUAUUAAAGCUACCUUUUAUAGACAUGUUUUGAUUUAAUUUGUAUCUGCCUCCCAGUAUAUUGUGGUAUUGUUUGAUGUUACUCUCUAUUGUACACCAAGCACUUUGAAGACAGCUAAAGCCGAAGAAAAGUUUAACAAAGCAGUUCAAUUAAUUUUCUUUUUUAGUGUAAAUGUAAUAAAACAGACUAUUGUUGAUCUUUUGAUGGUUUUGCUUCUUUCCAUCUUGGAAGUAAAAAAAUAUAUAUUAAAAAUUUAUUUUUUUUUUGAAUGUUUUUGCAUAAAAUGAUUAAAUCGAGUGCCCUCUCAUUUUUAGGUAAUGAGUUGUUUCAAAUUUUUUUACAUCCUGUUCUGCACUUUGUUAAAUUUUAACCUCAAAUAAGGUGUAAACAUACCACAUUAUAUCAAAGACUGUCAAAUCAACUGAUGAAGGCGUCAUCGAUGUGUAAUUAAUGAGAAAUUGUGCCCACAGGUCUGUGCAAAUAAGCGGCUCAUCAAAUAACUCGUCUGUGUGUACAGGUGGCGCUGGCCCACAGGGAGCAGGUGUCUCUCUUUGUGGAUCUGGACGACGUGGCGGAGGAAGACCCCGAGCUGGUUGAGAGCGUCUGUGAGAAUGCAAAGCGCUACACGGGCCUGUUUGCUGACGCCAUCCAUGAGCUGCUGCCAGAGUACAAAGAAAGAGAUGUAUGUUUGCUAAUUAGUUUAGCUUGUUUUAUGUUCAAGUGAGGUCAUUUUUGAUUGUAAGAUGUGAGUCGUCAGUAAUUACUCAGUAUGUCUACAUGACACUCAAGAAAACUGAAUUAUUGCCUUAUUCUGAUUAACACCGGACAACUGAAUUGCAUGUAAACACUUUAGUCUGACUAUAAUCGGAGUUUGAGAACUUCGAUUAAGACACCCAGAUAAUGCGAUUGGAAUUCGAUUUUCUCUACCGUGUAACCAGCGUAGUUGGAGUAUGGUUGGACAAUGCAUGUGUGCAUGCGCCACGCCCAGUAACUCCAUUACAAAAACACCAGAGAAGAGGAGUAGUGUGCAUCUCAUCUGCAGAAAAAGUAGCGUGUACAUCAUGUACGACAAAAAAAACUUCUGAACAAUGCUCCAUCUUCUUGAUCGAAAAUGCCCAGCAGCAGUUGUAGUCACUUCUGACAGGAGGAGGACAUGUUUACGGCAAUAAUUUAAUUUUCUCAGCUGAAUAUGCGGACAAGGAGAGAAGUCCAAUUGGGCGGAGAAAAAAAAAAACGAGUUAUGAGCUUAGUCCGAUUUAAGCUUCACAUUUAAACGCACUGACUGAUGCAUCCAUCACUUUUGCUACUUUCAGAUUGUGGCCAAAGACUCCUUGGACGUGUACAUUGAGCACAGGCUGAUGAUGGAGCAGAGGGGCCGCGACCCUGCGGACACCAGAGACCCUCGUAACCAAUACCCACCUGAGCUCAUGAGGAGAUUGUAAGUCGGAUCAGGGGUUGGAUUUAUGUGAAGAUCGUAUUUGAUUGAUUUGAUGUUGAAGACCUUUUUUUUUUUUUUUUAUGGACUUUGUCUCCCGUCCACAGUGAGCUCUACUUCAAAUCUCCCAGCACCUCGAAGCCCAAAGUGGUGCGUGAUGUGCGAGCAGACAGCAUUGGGCACCUGGUGGCAGUGCGAGGAAUAGUGACCCGUGCCACUGAGGUCAAACCCAUGAUGGCUGUCGCUACUUACACGUGUGACCAGUGUGGUGCAGAAACGUAUCAACCAGUAAGAUCAGAUUCAUUCGUUUAUCUACAUCCCGAGGAAACACUGAUGUUUGUCUCUUGGUGCUCAUAAGAUCCCUUUUUAUGUAUCCCUCAGAUCCAGUCCCCCACCUUCAUGCCCCUCAUCAUGUGCCCCAGCCAAGAGUGCGUCACAAACAAGUCAGGAGGUCGACUCUACCUGCAGACCAGAGGCUCCAAAUUUGUCAAGUUCCAGGAGCUGCGUAUCCAGGAGCAUGUAGGAAACCAGAUCCACUCAAACUGUCACUCAUUGUUGGUUGAUGCUGUUUGAAACGAUUUUGUCAAGUUUCUUCCAUCUCACGGGUUUCUUCUGUCUUCCCGCAGAGCGAUCAGGUGCCAGUGGGAAAUAUUCCGAGGAGCAUGUCUGUGUACGCUCGUGGCGAAAACACACGCCUUGCCCAGCCGGGAGACCAUGUAGCCAUCACCGGAAUCUUCCUCCCUCUUCUCCGCUCCGGAUACUCUCAGGCUGUCCAGGUCUGAAGAAACAACCUCAAGACUUAAGGCCUUUGUUGUUGAUGAUGAUGUCCACGCUCCUAAAAUUCACUCUGAUCUCCUGAUUUUGGUUUUGGUUGUUUUAGGGCCUUUUGUCAGAAACCUACAUGGAGGCUCAUAGCAUCACACUAAUGAACAAGACUGAGGACGAUGAGCUCGGCAACGAGGACCUGAGCGAGGAGGAGCUGCGCAGCAUCAGAGGUUUGACAUUAGAUCAGCAUGAAGACCAUUGAGCUGCUAGAUGCCGAUUCAGAUAUCCUUUUUGUUUUGUUUUUUUGUUUUUUUGUACUCUUGAAUCAACUUGGUUAUAUGUUUGUGUGACAGAUGAAGGAUUUUAUGAGAAACUCGCCGGCUCAAUCGCACCUGAGAUCUACGGGCAUGAAGACGUGAAGAAGGCUCUGCUCCUGCUGCUGGUCGGAGGUGUGGAACAGGCGCCCAAAGGCAUGAAAAUCAGAGGUGAGUGUAACACCAGUCCUCACAAUCAGUCACUCAGGUUAUGGUACUGAUUUUGUGACUAUCACCAUGACAAUCAUGUAAGAAACUGAAACAAAUCUUCACGUUUGACCUCUUUACUCUUUAAGGCAAUAUAAACAUCUGCCUGAUGGGAGACCCAGGAGUGGCCAAGUCCCAGCUGCUGUCCUACAUUGACCGUCUGGCUCCACGAAGUGAGUGCAGUCUUGUUUGCUGGGAGCAGGAGACGUGAAUCUGGUUUAAUGUUUUAUCUGGUGUGCUUUUUCUUCCCAUUAAGGAGUUUAAGGGUAAAAUAUUAACUUUGGAUGUGCUUCUCUCACCAAAGAAAAGUUGGGGAAAGUCUGUAGAGAGGAGGAAAGGAACACUGUAGUUCUGAGCUCGUUUUGAAACUUGAUUUGAGUCUUAGUUUUAUUUUUAAAAGGCUCUUUUAAAGGGGAAAAAAAAACAUCACAGCCUCCACAGUCUGGUCUGAUCCGUCAGUUUUCUCGUCUUUGUGAUGGUUUUUAGGUCAGUACACAACAGGUCGUGGCUCGUCUGGCGUUGGUCUGACCGCCGCGGUGAUGCGUGACCCCCUGACUGGAGAAAUGACCCUGGAGGGUGGCGCCUUGGUGCUCGCUGAUCUGGGCAUCUGCUGCAUUGAUGAGUUUGACAAGAUGGCCGACGCCGAUCGUACAGCCAUCCACGAGGUGAUGGAGCAGCAGACCAUCUCCAUCGCUAAGGUGAACGGAACCUCAUUGUUAUUAACCUUCUCAGAUGGUCAAUUUAGAGACCUGAUGACCGUGUUACACCCCCACUAAUGCUUCCCGCUCCCUCCAGGCCGGCAUCAUGACCUCCCUGAACGCCCGCUGCUCUAUUCUGGCCGCCGCUAACCCCGCGUACGGCCGCUACAACCCCCGGAAGAGCAUCGAGCAGAACAUUCAGCUGCCGGCGGCUCUGCUCUCCCGUUUUGACCUGCUGUGGCUGAUCCAGGACAAGCCCGAUGCUGACGCUGACCUGCGUUUGGCGCAGCACAUCACCUACGUCCACCAGCACUGCCGCCAGCCGCCUACCCACUUUACGCCCAUCGACAUGAAGCUGAUGAGGUGAGAGAAAUGUUUUUAACGUAAAUAUGAAGACCACACCCUGAAAGAUAAGUGUUUUUAACAGAAUUUGAACACGUUAUUCCCUUCAGGCGUUACAUUGCUCUGUGCAAGAAGAAGCAGCCCGUGGUGCCCGAGGCCCUGGCCGAUUACAUCACAGCGGCUUACGUAGAAAUGAGGAAAGAGGCCAGAGUCAGCAAAGACACCACCUUCACCUCUGCCCGUACCCUCCUCUCCAUCCUCCGACUGUCCACAGCUCUGGUGAGGACUGUAAUUCACUCCUGUGAGCUGUUGCUGAAGGGAAACUUUCACAGGAUAAUCGGGUCAAAUCAGAGGAAAGUGAGAUUGUUUCAUGAAGAUUUGCGGUCGUCCGUCUCUUCUUCGGUAGUCCCGUGUGAGAUAAAGUGCUUACAGUGCAGGUAGUGAUGAUAACCUGGUCUACUGCAGUGUGAGCACUUCUUUCUCACGCUGGACAGCAGUCUGUCAAACCACAGUGAUCAAAGUCUCUGCUGUGUUCGGUCGUUUUGUUGUAAAUACCUGAAAUCGAGUGACUGCGAGUCGUCUUGGUCCCCGCUGCCAAAAGUGCUGUUUGUGCAGGUAGCAGUCAUCCACCUACUGCAAAACCAGCACUUCAGGCAGAGAGGAAAACAGUGUGCUGCUCACUAAUGUCCACAAGAGGGCAGGCUCCUGACAUGACUCUAAAAGACACCGCCUAAAUUGUGUUAAUCCUGCAUGUGUGUAUCUGCUGCACAGUGUGUGUGUGUUUGCCACUGAACUGUUUUUAACUUUAAGACUCGUCUGCAUAUUUCAUUUUCAUUUAUUUUUCUCAAACAUAUGUGCAACACAAGAAAGUAAACUGAAAACAAACAACAAUAAUCAAGGCUAAAAAAAAAAAACAAUAAAAUGACUUUUUAAUAAAGCGAACCCAACUUGUCUGAAAAGCAGUAGGAUGAAGCGUUCUGCUUCUUUUAAACCUACCCCUUCUCCUUUACUCAAUAAACAGUCAGUCUCCAACAUAUUUACAUUAUAUUAACAAUAAAUAGAACAUAAAUGGAAUAAAUAAGAACAGAAAUCAUUUCUGAAAACUCCCAAUAGUUAAAGCCUUUCUUCCUCACUGUACCCGGUGAGAACUAAGGCCCGACCGAUUUAUCUGUGAGCCGAUUAAAUUGGCCAAUUUUAGCCCGUUUGAGACUAAUUGGUAAUCAGCUGAUUUUCGCAGAUAUUUUCAGAAAUAAAAUGUGGAGAAUAAGAUUCGGUUUCACUUUGAAAAUGUUCUGCCAUUUGCAGAGUUCCCUGACUUAUCCUGUAGGGGGUGGGUAGUUGAAAAUGCGUUUCUGGUCUGGGUUUGAUCAGUCGGUCUCCCUGUCGGUGUAAAGAGCAGUUGACUACAGUAAAUCUACAGUAUAUGUAUUUUUUUAUAGAACUUCAUAAAAAAUUCAAUAUAAAUUUUAUCGGUAUAUCGGUAUCGGCAUUUACCCCAAAAAAAUCCAUAUCGGUCAGGCCCUUGUGAGAACCAUGUGUUUAUUCUGCUUUUUAAACUGGGUCAUGCUUAGACAUAGCUUGAGCGCCACACCUAAUCUAUUCCACAACCUUAUCCCACAAACAGAAACACAAAAUCUCUUUCAUGUUGACUGUGUCCGCUGAUGCUUUAAGUUAAAGUCUCCCCUCAGAUGAUCACCCUCAGCUCUGUUAAAAACAAUUUUUGGAUAUUUCCGGGCAGCAGAUUGUUUAUUACUUUGAACAUGAUUCUUGGUGUUUGAAAGUGAACCAGGUACGAAUGUUUGUCUGGUCCUGGCCAGCUUUGCAGGGUGGGCAGUCAGCGUGUGUUCGUAAAGAGCAGCUGUGCAAACCCAUGCAAAACUGACCAAGGCCUGAAGUGUCGGCCCCGCAAAAAUCAAACACUUUAUCCCUCAAGUGUUUUUUUAUAUUUCAUGACGUUUGAAACGGCGACCGAACGAGAGAUUAGCUGGUGUUGAGAGGCGGAGACUUGGGCAAUUGCCGGCCAUCCCAGAGGGCAUUGCACUUGUCUCGGUCUGACAGUGCCGGCACAGCGCAGCCUUCGUUGUUCAGAUUCAUCUGCUUCUAAACAGAAUUCACAAAAUCAUACAGAAGUGUUUUGAAGAAUGUGUCGAUUCAAAUCUGUCUCUUUGUGGCCCUCCUGCAGGCUCGCCUACGUCAAGAGGAGACUGUGGAGAAGGAAGAUGUCAAUGAGGCCAUGAGGCUCAUGGAGAUGUCCAAGGACUCUCUGCAAGCUGACAAGUCCAACACCACAAGGUCCGUAUUGACUCAAAACCCCUUAACCUGUCUUUAACAGCAGCCAUUGUUCGGCCCCGGCUCCUCACAUGUGACCAGAUGUAGUCUUGACGCUUUAUGAGUUCCUUGUAUACCUGUAAGAGUGACUGUGUAUCCUGGAGGAAGCUGUUAAAGCUCUCUGGCUUUUUAUAGAGCCCUGUUCACACGGCAGCAUGUUCUCUGAGGCAGUGAAGUGUUUGAAACGCCCUUACACAGUGACUGUUCUCAACUCCGAGCUUUGAAAUAUCAGGGAGGAUAAGAGGAGGUAGAAGUCUGAGCACACGAGCAGUUAUUGAUUUAGACUCUCCUUUUAUAUCCAAGGCAGGUCAGUUCUUUUAUUAGGAGAUGUUUGAGUUACUGCUGUUUGAUCGGAAGAAUAUCUAAACUAUCAACAUGUGAAGCUAAAAGCCGAAUCUGCAUAAAAGCUUUAAUAAAAAGAGGAUCUUGAUUUAGUAUUUACAGCAUUUAAAAGUCGAAAUUCUUCCUCUGACAACCUCUUUUUUCUUCUGAUGUUCAGGACUCAGCGCCCAGCUGACGUCAUCUUCUCGCUGGUGCGUGAGCUCGCCACAGAAGGAGUGACGGGCCGCGGCGGAGCAGGUGGAGUGGUUCGCAUGGCUGAAGCGGAGCAGCGCUGCGUCUCUCGCGGAUUCACCCCCGCUCAAUUCCAGGAAGCCCUGGAGGAGUACGAGGAGCUGAAUGUGUGGCAGGUCAACCAGGCUCGCUCCCGCAUCACCUUUGUCUGAAGAAAGAGGCGGUCAACUCUUCGAUCUUCAGCUCUUCACGGUGGAGUUUCCACAGACCUAAACUUGGGACUCUUGUUUUCCUCCUGCAGCAUUUUUUGUGAUCAAGGUCAAGCACAACCUGAACAUUUUUGAGGGAUGACUAUUCUGCAUGUAUUCCUGCUGUAGGAGGUCCAUAGUGUUUUAUAUUGACCAGAAAUUUGCUUGUAAAUAUGUGUGUACGCUGUGAGGCGUGUUAUUGUGUAGCGAAUUCAGUCUAGAGCUUAAAGCUUCCAGGUCUCUUUGAGACAUUUCUGUAUAUUCUAUAUGCUUCAAUGCAAGUCAGGCAAGAUUCAACAUUGAGCCUUGUAUUGUGACAAAAAGUUAUAAUAAAUGGAUGGUUCAAUAUG